UAUCCAGAAUUGAGAUCGCGAUUGUACCAAGGAGACAUAGUACUGCCAGUUUCGAGGAAUGCCAUAAUGUCAGAUUACUAUAAAUGGCCCAAGGCAAUAAUUCCUUAUACAAUCCAUUACAAUUUUACACAAGACGAACGGUCAAAGAUCCGGAUGGCCAUGGACUCAAUCGAGUCCAAGACGUGCCUGAAAUUCGUUGACAUGAACGGCGUAAACGCGACACAGCUGCUGAAGGAAGUCGGGCACUCGGAGUACGUGUACAUCGGCCGUGAGCGGAACAAGGGUUGCAACGCCAUGAUCGGCUUUCACCGGGAAAUGGGCCACCCACACAGCAUGAACUUAGAGUCACCGUCGUGCAUCUCCCACCAGGGUACGGUACAGCACGAGCUCCUUCACGUGGUUGGGCUGCUCCACGAACAGGCCCGCGCCGACCGCGACAACGCGGURGUCAUCUACUGGGAAAACAUCGACAAGACAUAUUGGCCAGACUUUAACAAAGUGCCCGAUAAUGUAACAACUACYUUUGGACUACCUUAUGAUUAUACUAGCGUUAUGCAUUACCCACGUUAUGCUUUUUCAAAGAACGGUAAAGAAACCAUAGUUGCUAAGCAUGAACCAAGUAUGAGUUUGGGACAGAGAACCGGAGCCACGGUCAAUGACUUGCGAAAAGUCAACGCAAUGUACAAUUGUAAUGGAGGUGCUGCAACACCUUAUGCAGGCGACUUCCAAGGCGGCGAAUAUCAUAUUUUUUAGUUAAAAAUAUAUUAUUAUCAUGAUAUUAUAUAUUAUUAGUGACACGAAUAAAUUGUGACUUUUUAUUUUCCCGCACAACGUUAAAUUUAA